CGGCACUAUAGUGGUUGCGCCGUUCCGUUCCCCCGCAGGACGUUUUUCUAGUGAUCAGCAUCAGUGUGCGCCGUGAUCAGUAUGCUCGUGCUGGUGUUUGUGAGCGUGUUCGCGCUGGUGUACUACAUCAAUUUCCGGCGCUCCAGGAAAAGGCUCUACGAGCUAGCCGACCGUAUCCCGGGACCGUUCGAUUAUCCGCUGAUCGGUGGAGCACUGAUCGCCCUCGGGAAGGGUCCGGUCGAAAUGAUCACGUACCUGAUGGAACGAAUGCACGAUCUUCCGUCACCGCUGCGCACCUGGAUCGGUCCCUUUCUGGUGGUGGUGAUCGAUCGUCCCGAAAUGGUGCAGGAGGUACUAAACUCACCGGCCUGCUCACAAAAGCCGUACAUGUACGAUUUCUUCCGCCUAAGCAAAGGACUGUUCGCGGCCCCUGCCGAUCUAUGGAAGGCGCACCGCAAACGUCUGAACCCUUCCUUCUCACCGGCGUCUUUGAAAAGCUUCGUCCCGACGUUCAACGCUACGGCGGAACGGAUUGCGCGCGAACUGAGCAAUCGCCUCUCGGGUGAAUCGUUCGAUAUUCACGACCUCCUGGCACGGUACACGCUGAUCGGUAUAGCAUCCACUUCCGUCGGAGUGGACCUUAGCCACGAGAAAGAGGAAGUGCUCCACGAGUACACCAGCAAUGCGAUCGAGAUGUUUACGAAGUGUUACGAACGCAUCUACAAACCCUGGCUGCAUUUGGAGUUCAUCUACAAGCUGACUCCCGCCUACCGGGAGGAGCAAGCGCGAAUGGCGAAAUUUAAGCAAAUGUCCAAACAGUUGAUCGAGAAACGCAGCCAGGCAACGGUAGCUAACGGACAAGGCUCGCCGGAACAGGAUUCACCAGCGAUGGGGACGAAUGACGACGGCACAGCGAUGGCGCAGGGUAAAAAUUUCAUUCAACGCCUCGAGGAGCUUCGCACCGAUCCGCAGCUGGACAUUGACGACGAUUGCUUUCAGCAGCACAUUGACACACUGAUAUUUGCCGGCAACGAUACGUCGGCCCAAACGUUGGCCAACACGUUCCUCACGAUGGGCAUGUUUCCGGCGAUGCAGGACAAGCUGUACCAGGAGGUGAUGAGCGUUUGCCCACGUGGGCCCGUUUCGUACGAGGACCUGUCGCGGCUCACCUACAUGGAGAUGUUUGUGAAGGAAACGCUACGCCAUCUGCCCAUCACGGGUAUGAUCGCCCGCGCACCUACCGAAGAGGUCCAGAUACAGAACAUAACCAUUCCGGCCGGAGCCAUGAUUAUGAUACCGUUCUUGAAGAUGCACCACAAUAAGUCCGUCUGGGGACCGGCGGCGGAGACGUUCGAUCCGGACAACUUCCUCCCGGAGCGCUGUGCCGAGCGGCAUCCGUACGCGUUCAUACCUUUCAGCCAGGGACCCCGCAACUGCAUUGGCGUGAAGUUUGCCUGGCUCUCAAUGAAAAUCUUGCUCUGCCACGUGCUUCGCGAUUAUCGUGUGUCGACGGACUUUCGGCUGAAAGAUCUGAUCGUCUCGCCGUCGUUGGUGAUGAAGCUCAACAAGAAGCACAUGGUGCGGUUAGCGCCGCGGCGAACCAGUGCUGUGGGGCAGAGUGUUCCAAAUGGGUGUCCUUGAGACGCCCCUCCAGUCCCUCAACUCUACAGCAA